UCGGUGGGCGGGUGUUGACUCAAAGGAGGUGGGGCGCCACAGCCCCUCCCUAUUGGCAGAGCUGCUGUUUAUACUUUUCUUUAAUAGCACAAAGUCUGAGAGGUCACUGCGGUGAGGAGCCAGGUACGAGAGGAGCAGCACCUAGAGAAGGUGACAGGGACCCUGUCAGCAAAGUACUCCAGAGACCAUGACCAAAAAAAGAGUUGCUGUGAUUGGGUCAGGAGCCAGUGGGCUCACUUGUAUCAAGUGCUGCCUGGAGGAAGGCUUGGAACCAGUCUGCUUCGAAAGGAGUGAUGACAUUGGAGGACUCUGGAGGUUCCAGGAAAAUCCCGAGGAAGGAAGGGCCAGCAUUUACAGAUCAGUGAUCAUCAACACCUCUAAGGAGAUGAUGUGCUUCAGUGACUACCCCAUCCCAGAUCAUUUUCCCAACUUCAUGCACAACUCCCAGGUCCUGGAGUAUUUCAGGAUGUAUGCCAAAGAAUUUGACCUUGUAAAGUAUAUCCAAUUCAAGACCACUGUGUGCAGUGUGAAAAAAAGGCCAGAUUUCUCUACUUCAGGCCAAUGGGAGGUAGUCACAGAGUGUAAAGGGAAAAAGCAGGUGGAUGUCUUCGAUGCAGUCAUGGUUUGCACUGGCCACCACACUGAUGCUCACCUACCCCUGGAAAGCUUUCCUGGUGAGUGA